UUCCUGGGAAGACUAUAAAUUUUACUAAAACGGGAAAUAGAUAUAAAUCUUCCGAAUUUGUAAUAAGUUAGCGAUUUAUUAUUCAAAAGUUCAUUAGUGUGCAUACUGUGAUGUAAUUUUCUUGUUUUCAAAUAGUUUAUAGAUUGAUAACAAUUUUAUUUAACAUGAAUAUAUUCCGAAUGUUUCUGCAUUUAUUCCACUUCCUUCUAUGGUUUAUACAAGAAUCACACAGCAAUGGAGGAUUCUGCCCAUCAAGGAGUCCAGUUGUACACAUUUGUACGGACCAUGUCUUGGCGAAGAAAAAUACUGUCUUCCUUGAUACAGUUAGUGUGCCGACUUUUCAGCCCACCUCGUGUAAAUGUAUUGUAUCCCCUUUUAAGUAUGAAGUUGGAUACACAUUUACUGUAUAUGGACCACAUAACACGAAGGGCAUGAAGUUUGAAAUAAACGAUAUUGUGAUAAAGGAAAUUGCCAGUAGAAAACAUACAUAUCUUACUGGUGAAACUCCGAUUUACUUUUCCACUGCUGAAGAUUAUACAUCUGGAGGAACCUGUGUACUUGUUAAUACAGGCCAGUCCUUCUUUAAUAUAACUUGUAUGAAGCCUACAACACUUGUAACUGACACAACAGCGUCAGUUACAUCAAGAGCAAUAACAACAGAAAUCUCAAAAGGCAACAUAACAACAACAGUAACAACGACAAGUACAACAGCAGAAGCCUCCAGAAAAGGCAGCAAAACAACUAUUGCACAAAGUACGUCAAAUGGACCCGAUUCAUCCACGAAAACUACAGUAAUUGUGGUUCCAGUAGUGGUUGGCGUUUUACUGAUUCUAGCAGUUGCGGUGCUACUUCUCGUUUAUGUGAGAAGACGCCGGUUUGUUAAAGAUACUAAAAGACAUGAACAGGAACCAUGUAUGCCGGUAUCAGAGCAAGGUCAAGGUCAACAGAACAAUCCCGAGAGUGAAGAGGCUAACAUCAAUAUUUCUGUCAAUGCAUAUGAAAGGUUAAAUAUGUAUGCGAAUGACAAGCUGGCUGGAGAGAUGUAUCAGCAACUUAAUGCAGAUAAAACAGAAGAAUAUCAAGAAAUGUAUGACGUAGUUACUGACUCUCGAAAUCAGAACAGGAACGUUACAAAACAAGUUAAUUUGGAAGACGCCAAAAAGGGUCCUACACACUCUAAAGAACGGCUGAAGGGACAAGCUAAAGGACAAGGGAACAACAGCAAUGGUGAUGAUCAUGAUAUUGAAAUUCCAUCGAAUGCAUAUGAAAGAUUAAACAUGUAUGUAAAUGAUAACUUAGCAGGAGAGAUGUAUGAGCAACUAGAUGCUAACAAAGAUGGGGAUUAUCGGGGGAAACACGUUCCACGUAAAAAGGACAUACCAGUCAACAAAAGUGACCAUAGAACGAAAACAAAUGAGCAAGCUUUUGCUGUUUAUGCAAAUGCAAAAUGAUUUUUAUGACGUAAUAGUCUAAACCUGAUUUCUAUAAAAACGCAUGCGUUUUUUAAUUAAGGGAACGUGAUGGGCGUUACACAUUACCUCUCAUUAACAAACUACCAAACGAUCUUCUUAUACCUAUGAUUUAUAAUCAAAGUUACUGCCGUGAGGUUACCAUUAAUGCCGCCCUUACUUGGACUUAUUAUUUCUAUCAUUUCUGAUCCUGUUACAUGAUGAAGCCGAUAUAAGAACAAUUUGCUGUUAAUAACAUAGUGCAAUUUCCAAAAAAUAUAAAUUCAUGUCAUCAUAUGUUUAUAUUCGUUUUAUGACUUUACUACCUGUUUUGGUGAGUCACAAAAAUGCACAUAUAUCCUGGAAAAGGAUGUAACAAAAUAGCAACAACGGUGUGUCACAUCUGAGAAAAGAAUUUAAUAUUUGUCUGAUAUUUAACAUAUUCUAGCGAAAAGUCAAUAUCUACAUCAGACUUCCAUUUUCUUCAACAAUAUCCUCUAAUCUUUAAAAAGAAUCAUUUGUUAAGUGUACAUGUAUAUAGUAUAGACUUUACUCUGCUCAUGUUUAUUAAUAUUUGUUGUAUUACUUUCUGUAUCUUUUUUUGAAAAAUUAGAAAAUAUAUGUGUUUGCAUGUCCGCUUUUACUUUACUAAUGUUUAUUAAUAUUUGUUUAGUGUAUGUUUCUUUUAUCGUUUGUUUAAAAACUUCCAUCCAUUUGAAUUCAUACGUGUGUAAACAUAUACCUUUCA